AAGGAAAACAGUUUAAAAAAAAAGUAAGAAAAUAGAAAAAGAGCGUGUUACAUGUGCCGUUGACACGUUCAUUCCGUGCAACAGCAGCAGCAACAGCAACGGACGAAGGUGUUUUCUCUCUCUAGGGUUUCACUCACUCUCUCACCACCGUACUUGAGCCGGAUCGUUGCCGGUCGCCGGCGUCAUUCCCAUAAGUCGCCGCCAUGAAACUCACUGUUAAGACUUUGAAAGGCAGCCAUUUCGAAAUUAGGGUUCAGCCAUCCGACACUAUUAUGGCUGUCAAGAAGAAUAUAGAAGAUGUGCAAGGCAAAGAUAAUUACCCAUGUGGACAACAGUUGCUUAUUCACAAUGGCAAGGUUUUGAAAGAUGAAACAACAUUAGCAGAGAACAAGGUCUCUGAGGAUGGUUUUCUUGUUGUUAUGCUUAGCAAGGGUAAAACAUUGGGUUCAGGAGGGACUUCAUCUGCCCAGCCUGCCAGCAAUCCACCUGCAGCUGUAUCAACCUCAAAUUCCACGCCUGCUCCUGAACCUCCUGCACAAACUCAGGCUGCAAAUAACAGUACAUCUGGCCCAGCUGUCACAACUACAAAUACAAACGUGUCUGCAGAUACUUAUGGUCAGGCUGCUUCAAAUUUAGUUGGUGGUAGUAAUCUUGAGCAGACUAUUCAACAAAUUAUGGACAUGGGAGGUGGCAACUGGGACAGAGAUACAGUUACUCGUGCUCUUCGGGCAGCUUACAAUAAUCCAGAGCGUGCUAUAGACUAUUUGUACUCUGGUAUCCCCGAAGCAGCAGAAGUUGCUGUACCAGUUCCUCAAUUUCCAGGUAGUCAGACAACUGAAACAGCUGGGGUCACUGCUGGAGCAGUUCCUGGACUACCUAACUCAUCUCCCUUAAAUAUGUUUCCACAGGAGACAAUUUCUGGUGCUGGUCCUGGACUAGGAUCUCUUGACUUCCUCAGAAACAAUCCCCAGUUUCAAGCAUUGCGUUCAAUGGUGCAAUCAAAUCCACAAAUUUUACAGCCUGUACUUCAAGAACUUGGAAAGCAGAAUCCCAAUCUUUUAAGACUCAUUCAAGAACAUCAUGCUGAGUUUCUACAGUUGAUAAACGAACCUGUUGAGGGCUCUGAAGGUGAUAUAUUUGACCAGCCUGAGCAGGACAUGCCUCAUGCCAUCAAUGUGACUCCAGCUGAGCAGGAGGCAAUUGCAAGGCUUGAGGCAUUGGGAUUUGAUAGAGCCUCGGUCAUAGAGGCGUUUUUGGCAUGUGACCGGGAUGAACAAUUGGCAGCGAAUUACUUAUUGGAGAAUGCUGGAGAUUUUGAGGAUUAAAUUACUAACUUACGUUGACUCCUAGUUUUGUUCGGGCUCGCUCUUUUAAUUAUUUUUUUGGGUCUCCCUUUCUAGAAAAAACUUAAUGUGCUUUUCUGGGGAAAUUUACUUGGGUAGGGUUUGGAUUUUGAACUGGAAUUGGAUUUGGGAUGACAAAACAUCGCUAAGAAAAUUAGACUAUUACUAUUCAUUUUAUAUUUGUGUAUGACAGCACCUGAGGAAUUAGCAAAGGUCCGUCUAAUUGUAAGUUUAUUUUAUUGGUAUUGGUAGUUUGGUACUAUCAAUUUUUUAAGCAACACUAGUUUUACAUGCAUGGGGAUCAACUCU